ACUUUUUGGUCACGAACGAUAGACGAUGAAAACAGUACAGAAUACGCUCUGCACAAACCGCCACGCCAUCUUUAAAUGACGCCAACCUCUCCACUCCUAUCCCUCUCCUUUCAUUGGUAACAGUAACCCACUAGUCUCCUCCUCUCUCUCUCUCUCUCCCCUCUUCUCUUGCAGGCGCCGUUUCUCUUUUCUCACGCCCCGUUUGGUUGCCCAGAAACCGCUCGGAAUCCCUUCAGAAAAAUCAACGUUUUCCGCUCUCCCUUACUACUCCUGCCGCCGCUCCCCGCUUUUCGUCCCAAUCCCACAAAGUAACCAUUAGGGAAGUUUUGAGAACACGAGAAAGAUGUUAGACGCUUCGCACCUUCCUCGGUGGCUUGUGGCUCUGCUGAGAGAGAAAUUCUUCAACGCCUGUAUAAUUCACGAGGAAGCCAAGAAGAACGAGAAGAACAUCUUCUGCUUGGACUGCUGCGAUAGUAUUUGCCCCCAUUGUUUGUCUCCUCAUCGCUCCCACCGCCUCUUGCAGAUAAGAAGGUAUGUUUACCACGAUGUCAUAAGGGUGGCUGAUGCCGAGAAAUUGAUGGACUGUGCCUUUGUUCAAUCUUACACCACAAACAGUGCAAAAGUAGUGUUUUUAAAUCAACGGCCGCAGACUCGGCCGUGUAGAGGCUCCGGCAACGUCUGCAUCACCUGUGACCGAGGCCUCCAAGACCCAUAUCUCUUCUGCUCUCUCUCCUGCAAGCUUCAGCAUAUACUUAGAACGGAGAAGCUCUCAAAGUACAUCUUCGAGUGCGAGUACCUCACACUGCCUGACCCGGGCCUGGACGACGGUCAAAUGACCCCUGACUCGGUGCUUGAACCGACCGGCUCGCUGAGGACGGAGUCCGGGUCGAGUGGGAGCGGUGGCGCCGCCGGGGGAUGGGUUUGCCGGACCCUGGGCUGCACUGCGACGACGGAGAUAGUGAAGAAGAAGAGGAGCAGCGUGGGCGCGUUUCGAGCGGCAUGCCGGCCAUUUCGUCGCACGGCGGAUAUGUCGGCGGCGCUGAUGAACCGGCGGAGUACGCCUCAUCGGUCGCCACUUUACUGA